CUUCGAACUAACCCAUAUCAAAUCUCUCAUACUGUGAGCUCUGCGCAUCGGCCACACAGACCUUUCUCACUCAGCUCAGCCCCAAUAUUUUUUUUUUAUUUUUAAACAAGAAGAAAUGACAUCCACCAUAACCCCGGCCUCCGAUCCGGCCCCACUCGGAUCGGCCGCCGAGCAGACGCACGAGCCCGCCCUUCCCGAAGGCUACACCCUCCGCCCGGGCUACCCGCCCAUCCAGGAUUACCUGCGCCUCCGGCGCGCGGCGGGGCUGACCCCCAAAACCGCCGCGCAGGCGGCGCCGAUCCCGCGCCACAGCUGGUACGGGUGCUACAUCACGUUCAGGGACCCGGGAAAACAACAACAACAACAACAACGGCCACGAGAACAGCAACAACAAGAAACCGGCGAAGGAGGAGGAGGAAGAAGAAGAGAAGAGGAAGACGAGACGGUCGUGGCGAUGGGCCGCAUCAUCGGCGACGGCGGCUGGUACUUCCACAUCGCCGACAUGGCCGUGUUGCCGGCGCACCAGCGGCGGGGGCUGGGCGGCGCGGUGCUGAGCCACCUGCUGGCGCACAUCAAGGCACACGCACCGCGGGGAGGAGGAGAGGGGGGAAGGGAGAAGCAAGAAGAGGACCGGAAUGGCGGCGACAACGGCGACAACGGCGACAACGGCGACGGCGAAGAGACGACGGGCGCAGGUGGGGGCGCCUACGUUACGCUGUUUGCGGACGCGCCCGGCAGAAGGCUGUAUGCCAAACACGGGUUCGUCGACGCCAUGCCGUGCGGGCAGAUGGGCAUGAUGAUGCCGAUGGGGUGGGAGGAGCGCCAGUAAUUAAUAGCGCAUUGAAAUGACUUUUCCGUCACCACUCAAGUCUCUCGUGUUUUCGAAGGCAAAAUGGGAAUAACCAUCCAUCCCUUGACCCACAAAUGCCCCGGAGUUUUGAAAAUGACGUAAAGAAAUCA